ACCCCACGACAACAACACACACGAGAUAAGAUUGAAUGCAAAGACACUUGAAGCACAACAUACCCUCUCCUCUUCUCUUCUCUUCUCUUCUCUUCCUCCAUAGUUAAUAAUACCUUCAUAGCCCAAUAAGCUACACUGUAACCAUGUCUUGCUCAAAUCUAGGACUUUGGGUCUCUUCAAAACCUUCUCUCUCAGACUACUCUUCACUCUCUUUUCGCUCUUUCAUUAGCCCUUUUCAGCUUCCAACCCACAAUUCAUCCACUUCCAGCCCCUCUCGAUCAUCCUCAGUGAACCCAAUUCACUGCGGUCUUCGCGAGCUUCGCGAGCGUAUUUCCUCGGUCACCAACACCCAGAAAAUUACUGAAGCCAUGAAGCUUGUGGCUGCUGCUAAAGUGCGUAGAGCACAAGAAGCUGUGGUCAACGGCAGACCCUUCUCGGAAACUCUUGUUGAAGUUCUCUACAACAUCAAUGAGCAGCUCCAAACCGACGACGUAGACGUGCCUCUGACCAAUGUGAGGCCGGUGAAGAAGGUAGCUUUGGUUGUCAUCACCGGUGAUCGCGGUCUCUGUGGCGGUUUCAACAAUUAUCUCAUCAAAAAAGCUGAAGCCAGGAUCGCGCAACUCAAGGAUCUUGGCCUUGAUUACACUGUGAUUAGUGUUGGUAAAAAGGGUAACUCUUAUUUUCUUCGUAGGCCUUACAUUCCGGUGGACAGGUUUCUUGAAGGCGGUAAUCUUCCCACUGCUAAAGAAGCUCAAGCUAUUGCAGACGAUGUCUUUUCACUCUUUAUCAGUGAAGAGGUUGAUAAGGUGGAGCUUCUGUACACCAAAUUCGUGUCGUUGGUGAAAUCCGAACCGGUGAUCCAUACCCUGCUUCCAUUAUCUCCAAAGGGAGAGAUAUGUGAUGUGAAUGGGAAUUGUGUUGAUGCAGCUGAAGAUGAGUUCUUUAGGCUGACCACAAGAGAAGGGAAGCUGACAGUGGAGAGAGAUGUUAUGAGGACUGAGACAGUCGAGUUUUCGCCUAUCUUGCAAUUCGAGCAGGACCCUGUUCAGAUUCUUGAUGCCCUGUUGCCUCUAUACUUGAACAGCCAAAUCCUGAGAGCAUUGCAGGAGUCUCUGGCGAGUGAGCUUGCUGCUAGGAUGAGUGCCAUGAGCAAUGCAACCGACAAUGCCAUUGAAUUGAAGAAGAACCUGUCAAGAGUCUACAAUAGGCAGCGCCAAGCGAAGAUCACAGGCGAAAUAUUGGAGAUUGUUUCUGGAGCCGAUGCUUUAGUCUAAGUAUAGUUUCUUGUCUCCUCCCCCAUGACUCUGCUUCUUCUCUGGAGGUAAUUUUGUGUGCGUUUCUGUAUUCAUUCAAUUGCAAUUAUGAAGAUUAGAGUACUCAUUAGACACUUUUUACUUGUAAUUCUCAACUUCUUCUACAAACUUCAUCAUGCACAAGGAGAACCAAUUAGUGUCUUGGAACACUAUGGUGCAUUCCUUACCAUCUUUGUAUGUUGAAUUUUACCCCUCAUAUAUAUAAUACUUAUAUUGUUUUGGAGUUCUCA